AUGGAGACUCCUGAUGAUCAACUACUCAAGUUCAUCCCGGCUGGUUCUUACCUCUUAACUGAAGACUCGGCUAAUGAGCAAACGGACUGCGAUACUAGGCCUUCAUCAAUCAGAACACAGCCAACAGAAGAGAUUCAUAUGGGAAGAUCUUUAAUACCCACUACAAUCAGUACAGCCAUAAGAGAUAUUCCUAAAGAUAUAGAACGACCGGGUCCACUUCGAAGUAUAGGACGGCCAAGAAUCGGUGCCUCGGGCAAAGCUGUAUUGUCGGAGGAACGCCGCAAACAAGUCAGACAUGCCCAGAGAACAUACAGACUCAAGAAAGAAGCCAGACUCCAAAGACUGCAGGCCCGUGUCUCAGAACUCGAGCAGCGGCUUGAGAGGAUCUCUGUGCUAUCCUCCGGCUUUCGCGAUGCGGCAUUGGACUGCAAUCUAGAUGCAACACAUCCGGAACUUUUCUCGUAUUUUGACAGAAUGCGUGAGCUUAUGAUAAUCAACCUGGAGACCUCCAGUGUAGCAAACGGGGAUGAAAAUGUUUCCCAGUCAAAUAGCUCGAGUACCUCAAGAGAUGGCCAUCUGCCCAAUUCCAUUGUUCGUCGAUCUGAAGAAACGGACAAGCAUCAUCCCAGGCUUGAAAGAGCAUCUUUAGUGACUGCACAGUUUACAUCUUGCUUUCAGGAACAAACUUUCGCGCGCAAACUGCAUCGAUAUUGUCUGGAGUAUGCAUAUCGUUUAUUUAUAGAUGCAUCAUCCAACCCGAAAGAUAUCUAUCGAGUCUUCAGACUAGUCCCUUGCAUCCGGGACCGAUCUAAGAUGGAACCAUAUUUUCGAAGACUUGUGGAUGGUGGGAUUCAAGAAUCGCUUGAGAUUCUGACACUCCCAUUUUACUGCAUUGGAGGCGCUGGGACACAUUAUCCCCAGAGAGAUGAAAAUGGGAUCCCCAUAUAUCCUCCAAACAUGCGAUUUCCCGGGCGAAUUCUUGGAAUUUUGCCCACAGCGAGCAGUGAAGCGGACUCAUCGGUGCGGCGGCAAAGCAAAGAGCAAAACCUCGCACUCCUUGGGUUCGGGGGCGGAUGGUUCGACUGUAACGACGUUAUGGGCUACUUGGCUGAAAUCGGUGUCGAUGUAUGGAGCGGGGAUCUAAUGGCGAGGAUAGAUCUGUCUCGUCAGAUACGUGAGGUGAAUCAAUCCUACGAAAACGUCUUGGACCGAAUGCUUCUGGGAGAUGAGAACAUGUCUCGAAAUGAUUAUGAUGAUAUUCGGCGAGCCUCUCGAUAUGUUCUUGACGUCGAAUACUUCUUUAGUAGGCUCCUCCAGGGUGCCGUUAUUCUAGGCCGAGCACCAGGCUUUAGGAAGUCUGAUGUGGAAUUUGCACUUCAUUCAUCAUUGCAGAUGCAAACCACUAUCUGA